CAAAGUUACAGAGAUCUUGCAGCCUUCGGCGGAUAUUUUCUCUGCGCCAGUGAGUUUGUUUUCCUUUUCUGCCCUUGAGAUUCAUCGACUUUCAAGAACUUGGUAUCAAGUCUUGACGAGGAUGAUCAAGAUGCAGUGCAAGCCGACGCGCGUUGCACAGGACCGGGGUCGUCCACCAGUGCGGUUGCGUCGCCACAAGUCUCUCCCGUCGGAGGGCUGGAUGAGAAGAUUCCCCACUGGUGGAGCACUUCUGUUUCUGCUUCUCUUGGUCCCGUGUAAUGGCGCAAUAGAGGCGGGUGAGGAGAUGAAAGAGGAACACUUGCUGGCGUCCCGGCUGAGUCGUCCGACUGUCCCCCGGUCGAGACCGAAUCACGAUGAGCACGCGCGCCGGCACGAAGCUGAAACGCCAUUUGUGCUGCAGCCAGGUGGCGAAAGCGAACCAAAAACAGUCAAAAGAACGUCACCGACAUAUGGGUUUAUUCGGACCGACGACGCACCACAGGACCCUAGCACAGAAAGUGUGCUGCCCGCAAUCGGCAGCGAGGACUCGUCGAGGUUUACGGCGGACCAGGAAGACGAGACGGCUAGCGGUAGUACCGUGCAACCUGGGACAAGCGAGAUGCUAGAAUUUUUGCACGCCGACUUGGCGGAAGCUGGCGACGCUGCCUCUCCUCAAGCAGACCGAGAACAGGAAGGAAUCCGAGACCCGUCGAAAAUAGAUGCCGCGACGACCACCACUGCUUCCAGGACUGAUGAUCCGGCAGUGCAAGCUCUCGCACUGCAGCUGCAGCAAAGUAUGCCACAGAAAAGAACUCCUUUAUCAUUAAAAAGAAAAAACUAGAACUACUCGUUCGUGGUGCACCACAAAAGAGCUGGCCGUUCGGCAUGGCGAACUUUUUCGGUAAGUAGAAGUACCCGUCUAUUAGCUAAACUGCGCCACAAAGUGCACUCUGGACGACGGACAGUUAUUUGCCUUUCUUGUGGAGGUCUCUAAAUUACAUACAAGGCGGCGAACAAUUAUCUCGAAGCAAGUUCAAGCAGCAAACGGCACUAACACAGAUUCAUUUUUUUUCUGGUACCGUUGGAGGGCUUUUCUGUAGGAUACAUGUGGAGCAGGAGCUGCGGGCGAUGCGCGCAAAGCAGGAGGCAGAUCAAAGCGCUACGGCGUAUCCUGCUUAGUAAAAACGUCCCCACCUCCCUAGACGCAAGAUCAUGGGGACUUCGCUACACAAACCAACAAGUUUUGGCUGUUGCGCCUGACCUACCUUCCCUGCGUGACAGCCAUCUGCGGCCGUUUGCACAGGGGGAGGCAAAGUGUGCCGCACUUCUGUUUAGAAUGACAAGUUUGGGUUCGUAGUGUAAUCCUCUUGAGCUGGUGCAGCCGCGUGAGAAAUCGAUAUAGCUUAUCCUGAUUCUAGCUUGACAAGUUCCACCCAGAUAGCAUUUAUCAGCAAAUGCCUUUCAUGUGGCUGCGCAUGGGAAACAUUAUUUUAUGCAUGCAGAUUUGCGCGACAACUCAGGCGUGGGGACGUCAUUACACAGGAUACGGCGAAGCGGUUCGUGGAGGAACGGAACGCGACGGAGAGCCGCUUUGUUCACGUUCGCAACGCGGGCUCGCUUAACGAAAUCAUUUUGCAGCGUUUGCUCGCCCUUACCAUCGCACGGAUUCGCGCGAGGAGUCUUACUUCCAUCAUUUUGCUGGUCGUUGGGUUCAUUGCCGUGGUAG